AUGAACUUGCUAGCAAUCGCAACACUAUUCUCCGCGGUGGUGCUGGGCUUAUCCCCACCCACAAUCGUGGAGAGAAACCCCUCAAAAGUCUGCGUCGUACCUGCAGCGGGAAACUCUUCAAUUGAUGAUACUCCCGCCGUGCUGAAAGCGUUUGAUCAAUGCGGACAUGGAGGGAAGAUUCUUUUCCAGAAUACUACCUACCAUAUCAAUAGUGUUAUGAACACUACCGGGCUGAAGGAUUGUGAAAUUGAUCUUCGGGGCACACUUUUGUGGAGCACGAAUGUCUCAUACUGGCUUAACCAUUCCCUGCCAGUGGGAUACCAGAAUCAAUCCACGGCGUGGGUAUUCGGCGGCAAGAAUAUCCGCUUUGAUGGUCAUGGAUAUGGCACUUUUAAUGGUAACGGGCAGACUUGGUAUGAUGCCUGUGGAUCUGUAUCGAAUUAUCCCGGUCGACCGCAUGCUUUGACGGUGUCGGAGACUAGUAAUUCAGAGUUUACGGGGCUGCGCUUUGUCCAGAGUCAGAUGUGGACUCUAUCAAUCAUUCACUCCCAAAACACCCUCUUCGACAAUAUCUACGUCAACAGCACCAGUGUAAAAUCCUCCUCUCGCAACACCGACGGCGCAGACACAAUCUACAGCUCCCACAUAACCUUCCGCAACUGGGAAGUCGACAACGGCGACGACAGUAUCAGUAUGAAAGCGAAUUCGACGGAUAUUCUCAUCGAAGACUCGCUCUUCCAUCGUGGUCUGGGAAUCGCUAUCGGGAGUAUUGGUCAGUAUAAGGAUGCUUAUGAAACUAUUGAACGGGUUAGGGCGCGGAAUAUUACGUAUAGUAAGACGUUGCAUGCGGUUUAUUUUAAGACUUGGACUGGGGAGCAGGUUAAUUAUCCGCCGAAUGGUGGGGGUGGGGGUCUUGGAUAUGCAUCUGAUAUGGUCUUCGAGGAUCUCAAGGCUACCGCGUUGAGGGGACCGGCUAUUGCCAUUUCGCAGUGUACCACGUUCUCAGGGACUGCUGGGAAUUGCACAUCUUCGAAGUUCCAGCUGCGAGAUUUGUCGUUUAAGGAUUUGACGGGCACGACGACUAGUCAGGAUGUGGCUAGUUUCCAGUGUUCUGCUGUGAAGCCUUGUGAGAAUAUCUCGAUUACGGGUGUUGACCUAGAAGUCAGUUCUAAUGGGACGCUGGCUGAUGAAUACCUGUGCGGGAAUGUUGAGGGGACUCGUGGGUUCAACUGUACUGGCGCUGUGUGUGUUGGUGGAAGUGCGACUGGUGGCUGCUGA